AUGAGCGACUCAGAAUUAUCAGAUUUGCCGUUAGAUCAUGAGAGCUAUUCUCAAAUAGAAGAGCUAUCAUUACCACAUCUACCUGCCCCUAUUCAGCCUUCAGUUGAAGCAGUUGACGUAUCGAUUAAUCUACCUCAACAUCCAAGGGUAGUACUGCCAGCGACAUUGCCGAAGCUCUUCACAAAGGGCUUAUAUCGUCGGGAAUUACUUGAUACUCGGCCUCCGACCAUAAAAAUGAUAUGCCUACAACCAGGCUGUGGAUAUUCACUACUGCCGAGUUAUCAGUGUGAGCAGGGAGCUGCACAGAUUCCAGUAAGCUUUGAUAGUAAUAUUGAAGUUAAGAAUACUCUUGAAAAUGGAUCUAAGUAUGAGAAGGAGGAUUGGAUAAUGCUCCACGCUCUUCAGAAUUUCUUCGUUAUAUUUGUUAAGCCGUCACAAAAGCUACAAGCAAGCUUAUAUCCAAUGCUCAACUUCGCAAUUCCUCAGUAUCUAAAGAUGAUAAAGAAGCUUGAGGCUUUACAGAAGGAAGUUGGUAUAUCAUCAACGAUCGGCCUAGCUUGUAUCGCUGCUCAUAAGAAGCUUAAUGAGUACUAUACGCUUGCUACGAAUCAACGAUGGAGUCAUUCAGGGGUAGCCACAAUUUGCGAUCCACAUAUGAAUCUUAAUGUAUUCAACAGUCUUUGGCCAAGCAGUACUGAAGAAGUCAAACGGAAUAGGGUUAAGCAGCAGUUCCACGACGUCUUUAUUCAAUAUAGAGACCGCCAAUACUAUCUUGAAGAAGAGAAAAGGGAAGCUGAGGCUGAUUUACCACAAUUACCUACAGAACCUGACUCCGACGAUAAUUUAUAUCUCUCUCAUAGUAUUUACCAAGAACCAGAAUGGAAGAGCUGGCUUGUUGAGCCCCAGCCAGGUCCAGCAACAGAUAUCCUCAAAUAUUGGGCAGCAAAGCAAUAUCAAUAUCCAAUUAUAGCUGCAAUUGCUUGA